AUGGAGACGGUUUGUGUUCACUUCUUACAGUUCAGUCUGAACGUCUUCAAACUCAGACAGGUCUUCGAGCAUGUGUCUCAGCAGAGUGACGGUCACUAUCAGAGGAUCCUGACCAGUCUCGCUGAAAUCGCCACGACCAACGGACACAAACUGCUCAGCCUGUCCAGCAGUUUCGAGGCACAGAUGAAGAGUCUGCUGAGAAUCGUUCGUAUUUUCUGCCACGUGUUUCGCCUGGGGCCGUCGUCCCCGAGCAACGGCAACGACAUGGGCUACAACGGCAACAAGACGCCUCGCAGCCAGGUCUUUAAGAUGUGUGUGUCACAGAAGGAGGUUAAGAUGGUCCAAAAAGACGACUGUCCCUGGGCAGGUUCUGCCUUCCUAGAUCCGCUGGAGCUGCUGUGGCACUCCCUGGACGAGUGGCUGGUGCUUAUCUCCACAGAGCUGGACAGGAACAGGAAGAACCCAUCCUCAUCCUCCUCCAGCAGCGAGAUCGCCUCCCUGCUCCUCAAACAGCGGGAGGCCGACCCCUCCGCCUCCGCCUCGGCGCCGAAGCUCCCGUCCCUGCUGGACCCUCAGAUCGUCAUGGAAACAGAGGUGUACCCCGACGGGGAGGACGUGAUCUCCAUGACGGCCAAUCGUCUCAGUGCGGUGAUCCAGGCCUUCUACAUGUGCUGUUCCUGCCAGAUGCCGCAGGGAAUGACAUCCCCUCGUUUUAUCGAGUUCGUCUGCAAUCACGACGAGGUGCUGAAGUGUUUUGUAACCAGGAAUCCAAAGAUCAUCUUUAACCACUUCCACUUCCUGCUGGAGUGUCCUGAGCUGAUGUCACGUUUCAUGCAUAUCAUAAAGGGACAGCCCUUCAAGGAUCGCUGUGAGUGGUUCUACGAGCAUCUGCUGGCCGGCCAGCCCGACUCCGACAUGGUUCACCGUCCGGUCAACGAGAACGACAUCCUGCUCAUCCACAGAGACUCUAUCUUCAGUAGCAGCUGUGAGAUGGUUUCAAAGUCCACCAACGAGAAGCUCAAACAGGGCAUCGCUGUCCGGUUCCACGGAGAGGAGGGCAUGGGUCAGGGUGUGGUGCGGGAGUGGUUCGACAUCCUGUCCAAUGAGAUCAUUAAUCCUGACUACGGACUGUUCACGCAGUCAGCUGACGGCACCACUUUCCAGCCCAACAGUAACUCGUCAGUGAACCCAGACCACCUGAACUACUUCAGGUUUGCGGGUCAGAUCCUGGGUCUGGCUCUGUAUCACAGACAGCUGGUCAACAUCUACUUCACCCGCUCCUUCUACAAACACAUACUGG